CCCCGCCCUCCCCGCACCCACCACCGGAGCAAACCCCAAACCCUCGAGGCCAGGCCGCGGCGACGCGGACGCCGGUUCCGCCGCCGCAGCAGCAGCAUCCGGAGCGCUCCGUCUGGCCGUCACCAGAUCCGACAGAAUGGCGAUGCGCGGCGUCGAUUUCAAGUGGUACGACGGCUUCUUCCUCUCCAUGCUCGUCACCAGCGUAGUCAUCGUGUCCGUCAACUGGGGGAGGUACCGCCUCUGCGCGCACCCGCUCCACAUAUGGAUCGUCGUCGACUACACCGCCGUCUUCCUCUUCCGCCUCCUCAUGUUCCUCGACAACUGGCUCGCCGCGGGGAUGGGCCUGGAUCUUGGAUGGCAACAGAGAUAUACUCGUUUCUGUGGGAGGAUAGUUGUUCUGUCAGUUCUCGUACUUCUUCUCUACCCGUUCCUGUGGGUUUGGACUGUGAUAGGAACAUUGUGGUUCAACAGUGCAAGGAGAUGUUUGCCAGCGGAAGGGCAGAAAUGGGGCUUCCUGAUAUGGCUGCUCUUCAGUUACUGCGGGCUCUCAUGUAUUGCAUGUGUGGCUGUUGGAAAGUGGCUAAGCCGCAGGCACGCUCUCCAGCUGAGGGCACAGCAGGGGAUUCCAAUAUCUGAAUACGGGGUCGUGGUUGACAUGAUUCGCGUGCCUGACUGGGCAUUUGAGGCAGUAGGCCUGGAACUGCGAGGAAUGGGCCAAGACACGGCGUACCAUCCCGGCCUCUACCUAACAACCGCCCAGAGGGAAGCUGUGGAGGCUCUGAUCCAGGAGCUCCCCAAGUUCAUGCUGAAGGCCGUCCCGACGGACUGCAGCGAGUGCCCGAUCUGCCUGGAGGAGUUCCGGGUGGGCAGCGAGGUGCGUGGCCUCCCGUGCGCCCACAACUUCCACGUGGCGUGCAUCGACCAGUGGCUGCGGCUGAACGUGAAGUGCCCGCGCUGCCGCUGCUCCGUGUUCCCCAACCUGGACCUCAGUGCACUCAACGGGAUCCGCGCCAGCAGCGAGCAAGACCGUCCGUCUGGCAGCGAGGUGACCACGACAGCGGCAGCAAGCCGGUACGUGCCGUCGGCGGGGCAGAGCUACCUGGUGCGGCUGCAGGGCCUGCUGCCCCGGCCGGUGGUGGUCGGGCAUGGGAGCGAUGAUGACGACGACGCCGAGAGCGGGAUGCGGACUCGCACGAUGGGUGGUCGAUGAGCGGGCAGAGACCGAAACCGGGCAUGUGAUGAUGUAUUAUGUUUUUGGUGUGUAGAUUAUGUCUAUGUAGUGUAGGGUAUAUAUAGGCUGCUUUGCGAUGGAGGAAAUGUGUGUGCUGCAUGAAAUUCAUCCCAUCCAUUCAUAUAUAGAGAUGGUUGUGUGUUGGUGAUGGAAAGGAGAUUGUUUCAUGCAGAGUUGUGUGUUGGUGAUGGAAAUGAGAAUAGAGGAAAUUAUCAA